AUUUCUACCAUCACCACUUCUCCUCUCUAUAACCCUCAACUCACCCCACGAUGGAAACAGGCCCUCUGAUCCCCGCCUCCCAAGCAUCCCAUCUCCUCUCCUCAUUCACGACCUUCCUAACACUAACCCUCCACACCCUCCUCUACCAUCGCGCUCUCUACCCCAAAACAACCUUUCUAGCGGCCCGAGCCCUUAAUCUCCCCGUCCAUCAAUCCCGUCAUCCCGGUCUCUGCACAUGGAUAAACGACGCUGUAGCUUCGGUAGCGGCACAGUUACGCAAAGGAACUGUACGUCGUAUAGCCAUUGCGAUGCAUGCUGCAAAGACCUUUGAUGUGCUGGAGAGAUGGGUCUUUGAUGUUGAUUUGUUUCCUGCUGGGUGGGGUGAUAGGGAGGAGGCGACUUACAACCCUGCGUUGGUAGAGGGUGAUGAUGAUGGUGUGGUGAAUUGGACGGAUGUCAAUGAGGCGCUGAGAGGUGCUCUGAGGAGGGUGGCGCAAAAGGCUGAGAUGAUGCCUGAUUUACCUGAAGGGAGCACUUUUACUGUUGCCGUUGAGCUACGUGAUGAUGCAGACUCACCCAUAGGUCAUCCCCAACAUUGGAUACCAUCUCAACCAAAUCUUCAACCACCAAACGAUACCUCAUUAAAACAAGGCUCUUCUCUUGGGGGUCAAAGUACAACCCCUAUUCGCUCUGUCCAAGCUGGUCCUUUAUUCUUUGAAUGCUGGAUCGAACAAAGCGCACCCGUAACCUCAUGAAAUUCACAUAUAUGAUACCCAACUUUGGAACAGAUAGAUUAUCGUCAUCAUGACGCUUCAUAACCUCUAAUUCAUAUUGUAUAAACAUGACAUCAAUCCAUUAUUGAUUGUCCCAGCCACCCAUUCCCAGACCUGGACCAGUCUGUGCCAUGCGACCCUGAUCCUACCCCCUAUUCCGACAAAGCCCAGAACCCGCCGCGUUAUGUACAGCCCGGCCGUGGAAACAUGACAAAUACCUUGACUCAUUACCAUCAAAAUCAUUUUCAAACGCCCAAACAGCCUCCCAGCCAGCCUCCCAGAGGACAGCAGCGCCUACUCCGUCGUCCCCUUCAGCGCUGCGCGGAGACUCACCAUCUCGCGCUUCAGUCGCGCGUUCUCCUUCUUCAUCCGCGCUGUCUCGUCGCUUUGGUCGCGGAGUCGCAUCAUGAGCUCUUCCUUCUCAUCCUUACCCUUGCCCUUGAGAGCCUUGACUAUCUUGCCAAGCUCCCCAUUGAACUUCUCAUAUAGUAACUCGUUUUCUGCCACUGCCUCCUUGUACAGCUGGUCAAUCGCUCGCACCUUGGCCUCGGCUGCCUUGACCGUGGUUUCCAUAUCGCGCUGGAUCGCAUUUUGCUUGUCUUGUAGUUCCUGAAUAGCAGUGGGAAUGCGGUCUUCCAACUCCCGGACAGCAGCACUGACUCGUCUCAUAUCGACAGACUGGGAGCCCGGAGGUCGUGUAUUGUUGACGCGUGCCAUUUCCUCACCAAUUUUGGACAGCUCAGAUCUGAGAGAAGCGUCCACGUCGUCGACAGCCUGCUUCUCAGUGUUGAGUCGCUCUCGAAGCUUUUGCGGGGACUGUAAGCGGAGUCUCUGCGUUCCUCGCCUGGUUGGACUUGAGCUUGGACGGGGCGGUGAUUCAGAUCCUGGAGGCGCUGAGCGGUAGGGGCGCAAUGUCGGGAUAUUAGUUGAUGAUAGGGUCCUUGAGUGCCUGUGACCUUUGGCUGGCGACGUGCGUCGUGUUGGCUCUUCUGAAAGUUCCAUGGGACUGGGCGCCAAAGUAUUCGGCGAGGUAAUUUGCUGAAACGGAUCUGGAACACUCUCCUUCUGCUUGGAACCUCUCAACGUCGCUACACCGGGACUAACAGGUAUUCUAGACGGAGAUGUCGCCUUGGGGCUCGCGUUGACCUUUUCUGAUGUUUCUUUUGCGUCUUGAAGCGGUUGCGGUGAUUCAGCGUCAUCAUCGAGUGUAGUCGCUGCCAUGAGACUCUUGAGGUCUGAUAAUGAACUACGCCGCUUCUUCUUGGGCGAUCGUGGGAGUGGCUUUUCAGUCUCCGGCUCACCGAUUGUCUCCAAUAACCUAUGAGAGCUGCCAGGUCUUUGCAUUUCGUCAAACGCUCCUGCUAUGGGCGGACGAUCCCUGGAACCUGGGCGUCUCGACAGCUUUUUGGGCAAUGUGUUGUCAUCGAUAGACCUUGAACGGCCUAACGAUGCUUUAGAUAAGCUGUUUACCUCGCCUGUGGCGGGAUUUCUGUGCUUGCUGAGCUGUCGCCAUACUGAAGGUCUCUCGUCUCUGCUAUUUUGCCGUAACAGAUUGUCGAAACCAAAUUUGCGGCGCAGCGACGAAGUGUUUGAGGCCAACGAGGGUGUGUACCCCUUGCCACGGAUCGCUGAAUUGAUCGACUCAUAUGUUGAGUUAUCGAGGUUGAAACUGUGAUUUAAGCCAGGCUCUUCAAAAAUUCGAUCGCAGUCUUCCACCAGACGAUCGAGAAGGUUGAUAUAAUUAGGAGCUGUUCCAUCAUAGACGAGCAGCUCUGCAAAAGCAAGUGUUAACGCUCCCCUGUCACCAUCAUUGCCACACCCGUCCAGCAGAUUGGCCAAGAGCUUGAUGAGGGCAGUGAAAGCGCGACGGUUCUGUGGCGCCAUGUCUCCAAACAAAAAGUUGACGAAGUCCGCAAAGUCUCCAGGCACUCUCUUAUUCACCCGCGCCUGGAGCGUAUCAAGGGAAUGCAUUGACAUGACAGGGCCAAUUUGAUCAGCCCAAGCAAUGCGAAGGAACUUUUCGAAAGCAACAAAUAUGACCUCGGUGCCUAGAUCGGCGGCGGCGUCAACGUCAAACGGGCUUUCAAUCAGUCUGUUAUAUAGUUCGUUCACAGACAGCUCAUCAACCACAGAGCGUUGGAGCAAUGUCCGACCAAUAAUAAGACCCUUGCGGGACUGAAGAGCAGCAACAUAUGCAGUAAACGUCUGCUCGAGGCGUACUAAUGGGUUUUCGGUCCUUGUUUCCUCUUGAGAUACACUGUCCUUGCCUCCCCUUAUUGAGCUGACAACAGAUGCUUGGCUGUUGUUUCGGUGUAUUGAAGGUACCUGCUUAUGUUUUGAGCCCAAACUUGCUGUGUCGGAGAUAUGCACAGAGCUGCCUCCCCAGAAACUGGAGAGAAGCUUGACAGGAGAAGAAGCCAAGAACGAUUUGGUCUUCUCCGCUCUUGUGUUGAGUAAGAGUCCAUGUAGAGUCUUGGAAUAAUAUGAGACGAGAGGUGCCGUCAAUUGCAUAUUGGAGAUACUAUGCUGUGUGCUUAAUAGUUGAAUAACUGUUGCUGGUUAGCUCAGGGCUCUGGGGAUUAUCGUGC